AUGUCUAGCAGUGAAUACACUCUCAAGCACCUCCCCAACUACAACGGUAGUCAGGGUCCCCUCCUUACCAUCGUUCUCGAUGGCUAUGGACUCGGCCGCCAGGAUGAUGGCGAUUGCGUCCAUCUUGCCGACCCCACCUACAUGGAGAAGCUCGCCAGCGAUGCCCAAGCUCAGAAUCUCUACUGCCAAUUGAAGGCUCACGGCACUGCUGUUGGUCUUCCCAGCGAUGGCGACAUGGGAAACUCCGAGGUUGGCCAUAACGCUCUCGGUUGCGGUCAGUUGGUUGCUCAGGGUGCUAAACUCGUCGCUAACUGCCUUGAUGACGGCUCUAUGUUCAAGUCUAAGAACUUCACCCAUAUUGUCGAUGAGCUCAAGGACGGCUCUGGACGUACCCUGCACUUGUUCGGUCUCCUCUCUGAUGGCAACAUUCACUCCAACAUCGCUCACGUUGAGAAGAUCGUGAAGGAGGUCGCCAAGGAGGGCGUUACUGACGUCCGCGUCCACAUCCUCACUGAUGGUCGUGAUGUCGGAGCCAUGUCGGCUUUGGAGUAUGUCGAGCGUCUCGAGAAGUGCCUCGCUGAGUGCGGUCCCAACUUCAAGAUCGCCUCGGGUGGCGGACGUAUGCAGGUGACCAUGGACCGUUACAACUCCGACUGGAACAUUGUGAAGAGAGGCUAUGAUGCUAUGUGCUUCGGCAUUGUUGAUCCUGCUAUCAACCCCGAGUGCGCCAAGGGCUGGACCGGUAUGUACAAGGACGCUACUACUGCUAUCACUGAGGUCCGCAAGAUGUUCCCUGAGAAGACCGAUCAGAACUACCCCCCUUUUGUGAUUGUCGAUGAGAGCGGCAAGCCUGUUGGUCCCAUCAAGGACGGCGAUGUUGUCAUCUGCUUCAACUUCCGUGGCGAUCGUUCGAUCCAGAUCAGUCGCGCCUUCAUUGAACCCGACUUCGACUGCUUUGAUCGUCGUAACGCCCCUAAGGUUGACUACUAUGGUAUGUUGAUCUAUGAUAACGAUCAGAUGAUCCCCAAGCAGUCCCUUGCUCCCAACCCGGAUAUCAGCCACGUGCUGUCCGAGUAUAUGUUGGCUCAGGGUGUGAAGAUGUACGCCUGCGCCGAGACUCAUAAGUUCGGUCAUGUUACCUUCUUCUGGAAUGGCAACCGUUCGGGCUACAUCGACCCCAAGAUGGAGCUCUACGAGGAGGUUACCUCUGAGUCUAACGAUGCCAUUCAGUACAAUCCCGCCAUGAAGGCUCGUGAGGUCACUGACAAGGUCGUGUCUGCUAUUGAGAAGGACGACUUCAAGUUCUAUCGUGUUAACAUCGCCAACGGUGAUAUGGUCGGUCAUACUGGUCUCAUCCCUCAGACCAUCGAGACCGUCAACGUCAUUGACGAGUGCGUCAAGAAGAUGGUCGAAGCCGUCACCGCCCGUAACGGUAUUGUUGUGAUCACCGCCGAUCACGGCAACUGCGAAGAGAUGAAGGACAAGAAGGGUAACAUUAAGACUAGUCACACUCUCAAUGCCAUCCCCUUCAUCAUUGUUGAUCCCAACUGCCAGGGUAAGUACGUCGUUGACCCCAGCCAGGACCCCAGCAUUGUCGAGCCUGUUGCCGGCAUCACUAACGUUGCCGCUACCUUGUGCAAUCUCCUAGGGUAUGAGCAGCCCUCGAUGUACCGUAAGUCUCUCCUCAAGUUCCAAGAGUAGAUUACUGAAUUCUUACUUGGAUCACGACGAGGCGUCUCGAAGUGUCUCUAGAUAGAGCCUCGGGUGUGCCCUGUUGGUGAGUCAACUUCAUCGUUUCUCAAUGUUCCUUCUACUGUUGAUGACAUAGUUGUGCGUUGCUCUCC